AUGAACGAGUUGCUCGAGACACAGACAAAAUGGUCAUCGCCUGGUGGUCAUUGUAAGCUGCUAGAGAUGGACAACUUCGAAAUGCGGUGGUAUUCAAACAAUUACUCUUUAAUUAUUAAAGGGGAGCAAGACGAAGUCGAAGAAAUAAACUCUCGGUUGCGAAUAAUGGCCAACCUAGCUGAUAAAGAAACCGAGUUAUCAAACGCUUUUGUCAGUGAAGGAAAUGGCGACAGGGAGGGAGACGGCGUAAAUACAGCCUCGACCGAAAACAGUCAUAUCGAAAUAAAUUCACAUGAGACAUCGAACUACAACAAAGUACUCGACAGUAUACAAGACCUUGAACUGUGUUUUGUAAACAAAUUCGAUGAGCUUUUGCAGGAAAUUCGACAGUCCAAAACAACAGAAGAAACUAUCAGUGAAGACCGAAAUUCCUUAAUUAAAGAAAAUGGCAAACUGAAGCAAGAAAUCGACAUACUAUCGGACCAAGUCAAUAACUAUAAGUGUAUUGCAUCGGACUUACACAUGAAAGUUAAACAACUAGAAGAUGAACAGAAAAGUUUAAUAACAGCAAUCAAAAUUGUACAAAAUGAUUGCAAUACAAAUAAACAAAGUACAUGGUCAUGGAAUGUUGUUAAAAAUCGUAAGCCAAAUCAGAAUGAAAACACACAACGUGGACAAAACUCUGGGGAAAAUAGUCGCAAUGGACUAGCCAAGACAGAUAAUCAAUAUUCUGUUUUAGUUGAUGAAAGUGACGACGAGAUUAACAUAUUAUCUCAAAGUCAAUUACCUAAGAAUAGAAAUCAAUCUGAGGCAGCGUUUACACUGUACCGUUUUCGUAGCGUUCUCGUAUUGUUCGAGAGAACUAGACUAUUGUCUUGCGUUCCCUUGAGGAUUAAGAACAAUACGAGAACGCUACGAAAACGGUACAGUGUAAACGCUGCCUGAAGCACCCGGACGCACCAUCAGGUCCAAUGAAGACAAAAGACGUAACUAUUCUGCGCCUAGAAAACAACAAGCAGACAACGACCGAAAUAACAACAACAACGAGCGAGUCCCAGAUUCUCGCAGAUCUCCGCGCGUAGGACAAUCCAGAGUUGCUAUUUUGGGCGAUUCUAUGCUUAAACAAAUAAACGCGAGAGGAAUUCAACAAGGAAUGAAGCAUAAAAUUGUUGUAAAAACAUUUGCUGGUGCGGGAAUAAAAGAAAUGAAUCACUAUGUAAAACCAACGUUACUCACGGCACCAAAUAAGCUUAUUUUACACGUCGGAACCAAUGAUCUACAAAGAAUGACGCCAGAUGAAUUGUUGACACAUGUACAAAAGCUUGGAAAGAGCAUUACUCGAGAAAACGGGAAUAUUGAAUUAGUUUUAUCAGAAAUCAUAACAAGAAAUGACGAUAAAACAUUGGCUGAUAAG